UCAUCGAAUGCAUUACACCAUAUAAUGCCUAAAUAGCUAAAUAAAGCUGGUGUUAUAGCAGGAAUGUGUUCUGUUUUUUACACAACAACGCAGAAAAUCUACUUUAUUUCAAAAGAACGGGCUGUUUCCGCGGUUCGUGAUUUGGUGCAUAGAUAACGUUGGUUAAACUGCCAAACGUUUGAAUGGAAUUGUCAUAUUCGCUGUAUGAUAGGAUGGAGCCAAACCAAAGUCCUGAUAGCGUCUCUGACUAUACCAUCGGGGCUGCGCCUGUGCGGAAGAACAGUGCACAACAAACUUCAACAUCUGCAGGACAAGCUCCAGAACUUUGACGUCGCAUUAUGGAGGAAGAGGAGGCCCCUGUCGAUGGCGAGGUGGAGACCCCCUCCACUGCUGAGACUUAUGCCGCUGAGGCCAUGGCUGCAGACAUGGACCCUUGGAUUGUGUUUGACUCGAGAAGAACCCCCAGAUCUGAGUUUGAUGGCUGGCUGGAGAGCAACAGGCCCUCACAAGUGUACAGAUUUGGUGAUGAGGAGGGUGGUGUAAGUCCUGUGGGGUGGAUCGCUGUGCUGGGCCCGAACCACUGCCCCAGUGGUGGUGAUGUUAUGGGUCUCCAGGAGAGCUGGGAGAAACUUUUGGCCAGUGGCCGGCCUGUCAGCUUCCAGACAGUGAAGGAGCUGGCCCUGAACCACGGGGUGCUCACAGGCAAGUGGCUGAUGCACUUGGACUCUGGUUUUAAGUUGGACCAUGCAUGGGAGUGUGUGGCCAGAGCAGCACUGGAUGGCAAGGUCUCUCUAGUUAAAGUCAGUCCCUAUGAUCCCAAGGCAGAGGGCAAGCAGGUUAUUUGUGCCUAUAACCAGAACUUCACUGAUGAGAAUGAGGUUAUAAGGCUGGACUCCGUCAUCCGGGCCACAGGGGUCAAAUGCCCUCUCUCCUACAAGCCGGACGUGUACACAUACCUGGGAAUCUACAGAAACAACCGAUGGAAGCUUUGUCCAACCAUAUAUGAGAGCAAGUUUGACCUGGAGUGUGUACCGAGGCGAUCCCACAUCGUCAACAAAGUAACCAAUCUUGAGGUAACAUAAGCCCAUCAGAACAAGGGCUGUCCCCUUGUUUUGGACAAAGGUAAACAAAGAUGUGCUUAGGUUGUGCAGCACAACUCACAGACUGAAAUUGUUGUGAGAGUCAGUGGUUGAAUUUUGACCUCAAGUUCUUCCUUUUGGCAAAAAAAGAGCACUAAAUCUCAUUUCAGUUUUGUCUUCUCAUGCUGUAAUAUUUUCUAAGUGACUUGAAGUAUGGUCACAUUUUUUGUAUUGAAAACAUUGUAUUCAUAAGUAAGAAUAUUUGUAUUCUUGAGUUUCUGUUUGUAACACACUAACACUUACCUGACUGCUUGGUGGCUAAAGAAAUCCUUGCUUUGUAUGCACAUGUUCAGGGGAAAACUUGCAUCCAAUGAAGCCCUCAUUCUUUCACUUUAUUUUUUUGCUUUGUACUGAACCAUGAUUACAGAGUUGCCAAAUAAAAUCUACUUUUGAAGACCA